ACGUAUCACAAUCGUGCGAUUAUUCCGUCUACCGAGCGGAGGACGUAGUCAAUGCCUCGACUCGCUUGCGUCAAACGCUGUGUUUGUUACUACUAGUCUGCAACGCGCCGUCACAACGAUCGGUCGUGUCCGUGCGCUCUAGAUAAAUUGAAUAGUAAAAUUGUCUUUGACUAGUGUGUUAGACGUUAGUUGUUAGUUAUUUAUUGCAUUCCUUAGUAAAAUUUUAAAUUUUGUUUAAGUUUAUUCUACGUUAAUCUCUCGUGUCCGUCGCGCUCGUUAUUUUUAAAUCGAGAAGCUUCAUGAACUGUGAUCUUGUUUUGGACCGUUUCGAACUCCAUUAAAACGGUGGAAUACAACGUCGCGAAGUAUAGAAAUGAGUGGAUUGACCAUAAGAGUAAAAAGGGGAUCGAGGGGUAGUGCUACACUUCUCGAGGCGGCCAACAGAAUUCUCAAACUACUCGGCGUGAGUUCCUCGAAGCGCGGGAAACAGCCCUCACCCAAAACGAAGGCUAACGAUCGAGCGGCGAGCGAGGUCCGGGCACCGAUAGCUACUGCUGAAACUGUCGUGGAGUCUCCUGUGAAGAUGCAAGCGUCCGCGCCCGUGUCCACCCCCACCUCCACACACUCGUCCACCCAGUCCAUCAAGCACUCCAAGAGAACCGCCAAGGAUUAUAUAUUUGGAAAACUCAUCGGCGACGGCUGCUACAGCACGGUGUUCCUAGCGAAAGACAUACACACUGGCAAGGAGUAUGCAAUUAAAGUCUGCGACAAGAGCCACAUCGUCCGCCACCAAAAAGUUCAAUACAUCAAACGCGAGAAGGAUGCAUUAAACAUGCUUUUUAAUGUGCCUCAUGGAUUCGUUAAGCUGUACUGCACCUUCCAAGAUGAGGAGAGGCUGUACUUCGUCCUGUCGUAUGCGAAGAAUGGAGAGCUAUUGCAUUACAUAAACAAGGAGGGAUCCUUUGAACUUAACGUAGCCAAAUUUUAUGCUGCCGAGUUGUUGCUAGCGUUAGAGAGUAUGCACGCGAAGGGAAUAAUUCACCGCGAUUUGAAACCAGAAAAUAUUUUGCUGGACGAAAACAUGCAUUUACAAAUCGCCGAUUUUGGUACCGUCAAGAUUAAGAACAAAGAAGAAAUUCGAUCGACGGAGGUGCCAGAAAAAACAAACAAGGGAUCAGAGGACGAAUCGAGCGAUGCUCCCAAUGAUCGCUCUAGAAAAAUUAGUUUCGUCGGUACUGCACAAUACGUCAGUCCGGAUUUGUUACAGAAUCGUGUGGACACACGAGCGUCUGAUUUAUGGGCUUUAGGUUGUAUUAUUUACCAGAUGAUCUCUGGCUUGCCGCCUUUCCGUGCUUCAACAGAGUUCCUUACGUUCCAAAAAAUACUCAAAAUGGACUACGAGUUUCCGGAGGGCUUCCCGAGUGACGCUAAGGAUUUAGUCGAAAAACUACUAGUGUUAGACCACACGAAGAGGCUCGGCGCCACCGACGGGGACACAUAUGACAGCAUACGCAAUCACCCGUUCUUCGAAGGGAUCGAUUGGGAUAACCUCUUCGAACAAACUCCACCUACCAUCAGCCCCUACCUGCCCGGUGGUACAUUCGAAGAGGAGUACACCGUUCCCGACCAUCUGGAGCCCGGCCUGGGCAAAAGUCAGCUGGUCCGCUUGUGGGAGUGGGACUUGUCUACUUCUAGAGGAAUCUUGAAUAUCAGCAAGGAGGAGAAACGACGUCGUCUCGAAGUCCAGGCGCGUGAAAACAAAUGGCACCAAUUUGUCGACGGCGAGCUCAUAUUGAAGCAGGGACUCGUGGAAAAGAGAAAGGGGCUUUUCGCGCGCCGGCGAAUGUUGCUCCUGACGACCGGCCCGCGUCUGUUCUACGUGGACCCACUCAACAUGGUCCUCAAGGGGGAGAUACCCUGGUCGUCGGAGUUGAGAGUCGAAGCCAAAAACUUUAGGAUAUUUUUAAUAUAUACGCCCAACCGCACCUACUACCUGGAAGACCCGGAGUCGUACGCGCUGGAGUGGACGCGCGUGAUCGACGAGGUGCGCAUCGGCACGUACGGACGGGACACUACUUAGGCGCAACGGCCGCGCUCGCUCGCGCCCUGUCUGCCGCUCUCCGCACGGCGAGUGCACACUUCUAGGAUAUAACUAGGCUUCUUUUUGAGCACGAAAUCAUCCAGAGGAAACAUUCACGAGCGCGAGUGAUUCGUGUCGGAUUACAUGAACGAUCGUCCGAGUCGGAGCCGCGCCCCCCGCGCCCGCGCCGUGAGAAGACGCGACGUCCCCGAUCGAUCAGUGUGUUGACGCUGAAUGACUGAUUCCUACUAGAUUUGUCCCAACUCUCUUAAAUUAUUUAUCUAAUUUAAGUUACAUAUUUAAUUGUGGAUAUUAUCGGUAAUAAUAUGUAAAUAUUUGUGGUAAUUUAUUAUUGAAAUUGUUUAGAUGUAACGUAUCGUAGGCAGUUCUCUUACCGCUGGCCUCGACGAUAAGGAUGGACUUGUUUACAGCCACCCGCGUGUUCACGUAGCCCGUUCCGGUUGGUAACUAGGAAAUUUGUAGCUAAAUGAAUAAUUAUUUAUUGUAUUUAAUUAUCGUUUGCCAACGGAAUGCGACUGUUGUACAGAUUUAAAACGUAGAAAAAUGCAUUCGGUCUAACGUUUCGUUCUUCUUUUCGCGUUAGCCGAUCGACAGUUGAAUCGUUCAUCGAGUUAGCGACGGCGGUGCGAGGAAAGGUGGAACGAACCGAAUUAGGAAGGAGAGAUUUCUCACUAGGAUUGGAGGAGUGCAGGCGUGAAUAUUCAUACUGUAAUGAUGGUAGAACGCUGCACUCGUAGGCAAUGAGCCCGCGACGGCAUAAAACCUAACUUAGCAAAGGUAUACGGAGUUCACCAAAGGUGAUAAGUAUAAUUAGUGACGAGUUGAGCAGGAGUAGCUAAAAUAGUAAUGAUUUGAUCAUACACUCGGUACAUUUUGUUUAAUGCAAAGCUUGUUGUAUAAAUUGUGUUCGCUUUGUAAUUUAAAUUUUAAUAUUGAUUAUGGAAAUAUUUGAUUAUGAAUGUGUAUUGAAUCCCCAAUGUCAUGGCUAUCAAUUUUAAUUUUAUGUAAAGCAGUCGAUUUUCUUGUUAAUGCCUAAACUUGCCUGCUUAGAACAUAGAAAUAUUGACUGCUUAAACCAACAUUAGAAAGUUCUGGUGUUUUAACUUGAGAAUAUUAUUUAAGUGUAUUGUAAUUUUGUUAAUUACUUGCAAUAUUGUGACUUGAUUUUAAAUCAUUGCUGUAUAACUUGAUUGGUACUCUUCCAUGACAUUGUUAUCAAUAAAUCUGCAUUUAAAAUUAAACUGUUAACUGUACUAGUUAUAUUUUAAAAUUUGUAUUGCAUAAAUUCCAAUACUACCUACAUAAGAGUAUGAGAAUAAAUGGAAGUUGAUUUUUUAA